AUGGUGUCUAGUUACACGGCCUACGUUGGCUUCCUUCAGCUGGAGGUUGCCCAUACUCAUCCAGUCCUCGUCACCUUCUGUCAUUUCCUUCAGGAGACCGUGAAGACUGACCAAGCUGCAUCGCAGAAAUACACAACCAACGAUUUGGUGUCUAUUGUCAAUGCACAGAUAGAGAGUGGAUACGAUGUGCCAGAAACAACCAAUGGUAGAUGCUACUCUCCUGGAGAGCCCUCAAGCGGUCAGUUAUCACGGCGCGUGCGCAACAAGUGGCUGGUGGCAUUGACUCUGACACGCAACCCUAAUCUGGUGGUCGAACGGAAAGCGGCACUCAAACAAACAAGAACCGUUUCUUCUAUCAGUGAUGAUAUCGUGAAGAGAGUUACCUUUUGGGUAACAAGUGCAGUGGCCGUCAUUUUCACCGCAGUCUAUACCCUUGAUAUGCAGCUACGGUAUCGAGAACACACUGUGAAGUUGUGGAAAGGUGACCGGUCAUUUGUACCUGAAGGAAAAUUGCUAUUCAGUGAAACGCUGGUUGCAAGUUUAAGAUACUCUGGCUAUCAUGUGGCAUUCACCUUGUGGGGAUUUAUAAUCGUGCAGCUUCUGCUGUGGCUCGUCUGGUCGUUCAUCAUUGUAUUCUGGGAUGAAGCCCGCUAUCUCCUCGAAAAAUAUUGGUUGACUCUUGGUGUCACCUUUGCUUUCUACUACGGUCAGGUCUACAUCUCGCAAAUCGUCUUCCUCCAGAGGGCACCAGACCUAGAGAAAAAGUCCGCAUUUAUCUGUUGGAAGCGGACUUCUUUUGGUUUGGAUAACAGACGUGUCUUUCACGUGACAGUUUACAUCCUGAUGUUCGUCAACUUCCUCCUUGGUAUUGUGAGCUGCUUCGUACGUAUCCUUAAAGCCCUUGCGUUUGGGACCCUCUACAUCGGACGCUUGGACAGACUUCUACUGAUGCGAGACUGGGAGACUUGGGACAGAGGUUACACGGCCUACGUCGGCUUCCUUCAGCUGGAGGUUGCCCACACUCAUCCAGUCCUCAUCACCUUCUGUCAUUUCCUUCAGAAGACCGUCAAGACUGACCAAGCUUCAUCGCAGAAAUACACAACCAAGGAAUUGGUGUCUAUUGUCAAUUCACAGCUGGAAAGUGGAUACGAGAUGCCAGAAACAACAAACGGUAGAUGCUACUCUCCUAGGGAGCCCUCUACCGGUCAGUUAUCACGCCGCAUGCGCAACAAGUGGCUGGUGGCGUUGACUCUGACACGCAACCCCAGUCUGGUGUCUGAACGCAAGGGGGCGCCGAAAGAAGCCAAACGGAAGAGAGCGGAGUCCACCGGCAGUCAAGAUGUCUCAGGGAGAGACGAACUCUUCUCUGGUAAAACUGAAGCGUAA